GCCAUGAACUUCGUGGACGUGCAACCUAAGUCGUUCCUCGAUUAUGCCUGGACGUCGCCCUCUUCGGCGGCGAUGGCGGCCACCAAACCUUCCAAGACAAGUCGGAAACAGAACAGGUGCUGCGAUCAAUGUCGUAAAGGGAAGAGGGCGUGCGAUGCGGCUAUCCUGGAGGACACUCUUCUAGAAACGAGUAAAUCUGGAGCAACCCCUACAGUGUUCCAUUAUAGUGACGUUUACGGGCCGCUAGCUUCGUGCGGUAACUGUGAGAAGACGAAGAAGAGCUGCACUUUCGAGUGGCUACGCUCACAGCGUGUAUCGCAAGCUUCACAACCACCACAGACAGCUGCGCCGCCAGCAAAGAGGCGCCGUACGCGAAGCAAUUCCACCAGCCGAGCACAGAAGCCAAAUGUAGCUUGGCAUUCUACCACAACGACCAAGUCAAAAGAGAGCCGAAAUUUGAGCAACGAUGAGUUUCUCGCUCAUACUCCACCCGUUGAACUAGGUGUGACUUUUGGAGAUUUUCCGUGCGGCUCUUCUAUGUUCACCGCCGAUCCCACAAUCGCCCUGUUUCAUGAACCGUCAGAGACAUUCGAGAAAGAAGGGACAAGAGAUGAAUCGGAACUCGCUGGUGGGUUCGCCGAGGAAAACUGGACUCUGCUCGAUUGCGACUCUGGUAGAGGCUCAUCCUUGAAAACAACUUCAGAGAUUAGCGAUGACAAGCCCGAACGCGACAGCCCUUCAGACUAUCCAGACACGAGUAGCAUAAGCAUAAGCAAACCACCUUCUACCAUAUCGGAAGGGACUGUCGCACGUACCGGUCAAAAAAGACGUCGCUCCAGCUCCUCGGCAUCAAUCUCAAAUGGUGCGCAUUCUUACCCAGUAAUAUCAUAUGCCAGCGAUAUUCUUUCAUCGAGCAACAACGCGUAUCUGACUGAAAGCUUGCUGAGGAUCUAUCAUGAUAGUUUCGAAAACGCACUUGCAUGCUGGGUAACAGAAAGAACCUGUCCCUACAGUGCAAAAUCGGAUACUCUGCUAGCCACGAAUGCUAGACCCGAUUGGAAUAGAAUCUAUCACCGAGUGGUUCGCCUCGAUAGACUAGCAUCUACCAUCAGAGGACGCAAGCUUACCCAGACGGAAGACCGCGCUGCAUCCAGGGCUUUGGACUUGGCGGUUUUCUCCUUCGCUUCACAGUGGGCGCAAUCCAGUGCCAGAAGCAGAACGAAAUAUCCGUUCCAUAGCGCUUCGAUCGAUGGUGGCAGCAGCGUCUUUGAUAGCGAAGAGGACGAAUGUACUCCGACUGGCUUGGACUUCGAUCGUACCCUACAGAUAUCAGCAUGGCAUGAGGCCCGCAACGCACUACAAAAGGCUGGCGAGGUGGAGUCUUUCCGAGUGGUACUCGCACAAAUCAUCUUCGCUUUGACACAAAGACCGGUUGAGACAGUUGGAGAAACACUGGAUGCGCCGAACUCUGUUUCGAAGACCGAACUGAUGGAGACAGACGCUUGUGCGCAAGUAUCGAGAGAAGGUACACCCUUGCUUACAACCGAUCACGAUAUGGACGACUGUGCAGACUUGAUGUCGAAAUUGAAUCUUGCAAUCGAGGCUGAUGGACCACCUGUCCAUCUUGAAUCAGGUCUCCGGCUCAUCCAUUCUUUGAGAUCACGCAUGACCAUGUCCAGAGAAGCGCGACGCAGCAGCUCUGCACGGCAACGACGCUCGUCAGUUGUGCGACUUGAAGAUGCGGACCGUGCAACAGUAGACCUUCUGUUCUGGUUGGGCGUUAUGUUCGACACCCUGUCAGCAGCAAUGCACAAACGUCCGCUGGUGGUAUCCGAUGAAGAUAGCGAUGUAGUGCUUAGCGAAAGCAUGCAAAUCGAGCACUCGGUCCAACAGGCAGUAACACCCUCCUCGACAGACGACGGCGACGGACUCUGGGAUGAGUAUUUGUUCGCCCGACAACAACAACAGAACCCGGAGCAUGUACCCAUGAGAUGGCCAUGCUCAUUCGAUGAAGCGGCAACCGCGCUGUGUGAUGCAGCCCCUGUCAAGGUGUUACUGUUCAGGAGGGUUUGCCGAAUCCAGACACUCCUUACGAGGAACGCGCGAGGCGCCAAGGUCGAAGAGGCUGUCAGUUCGGCGAUGGACGUGUGCAACCACUGGGAUGCGCUAUACGCUCCUUUCAUACGGGACUGCAUCCAGAACCACGACCGCCUCCCACCACGCGUCCAGUCAUGCUUGUGGGAUACUAUCAAGAAGCACGAAGAGAGCGUACCGGUUGCGCAGCUUGCCGAAGAGCACCACCGGCGUCAUGGCAGGCCACUCCGCAUUGCUGUCGACGAGGCCGAUUGGCGCUUCAACAACCUCACGGUGCAGCAAGUGUAUACCAUACGGGAGACCUCGAAUAAGGACGCUUUCCAAGGCAUAGAGAAAGCCAUGUUCUACCGCAUCUGCCGCCUUCUCACCCUGAACAUCCAGCUCAUAUUCGUCUUCGAUGGCCCUGGUCGACCCUGGAAGCGAGGUAAAAGAGGAGGAGGGCGGAUCAACUUCGAAGAGCGGCGUCUGCUCAAGGAGAUGCUUCAAUACUUUGGAAUCCCAUACCAUGAAGCGCCAGGAGAGGCAGAAGCAGAGUGCGCUCUGCAGAUUCUGGGCCUGGUCGACGCUGUUUGGUCACAAGACUCCGACUGCAUCAUGUUUGGCUGCACUCUUUGGCUACGCGACCAUCGCAUCGCGAAAGAAAAGGGCAUCACGGACAGGUCCAAGGAGAAUACCAAGAAGAAUGGAAAAUACGCUAACGUGGUACGAGCAUCCGACUUGAAGGAAAAGUAUGGCCUAGACCGAGAUGGACUAGUGUUGUUUGCAAUGCUCGUCGGCGGCGAUUACGACGUGCAAGGGUUACCCCAGUGUGGGCCGUCUCUGGCUCUGCAAGCGGUCAAGCAAGGGCUUGGCCGACGACUGGUUGCAUGUCGAGAUCAGAUGGAGUGCGAUCUUUGGGUUGCAGAGUUGGCCAUGUUCCUCGAGAAAACUGCUCGCGGGCGCAGCAUCGACAUCCCACUAGGCUUUCCGGAUUUCAGAACCUUGCAGAAGUACUACAACCCCAAGGUCACAAGCGACGAAGAUCUGCUCAACAAGUCACGGCUCAGCCUUGACUGCGUUCGUCCGAUCCAGGAACUGAAGUUGCUCACACUCACCAGCCAACGCUUCAACAUAUGGGGACGUCUGUACAUGAACUGGGUCGGACCUGUGCUGUUGACACGAAGCCUGACCACGAGAGAUCCAUCUUUACCUCUUGAGCCAAUCCAUCACAUGAGAUUCCCGAAACAACGAGUGAAGAAGACUGAUGAUGAGCCACCAAUGCGUACUUUCGAACGCAAGCUGACCUUUUCCCCUUUUGGCGUCACUUCUCUGGGCCAAGCCGAUUUUGAGGGCGCUCGAUUGGGUCAUUGGGAGGGAGAUGAGGAGACGUUAUUCGACCCAGAUUAUCGUGUGGAAUGUGAAAUUCCAGAGUACUGGCUGCGUAAAGUCCUUCCAGCAGACAUACUAGAUCCGCCGUCUCGAGCACAAAAGCCUACGCCUAAACGUAAGCGACCGGCAGAUGACACCGAGGAAGAAUCUGGGGUGUCAAGCACAGCUAAGCGGAAACGUCAGAACAAAAGGGACGAUAUUUCCGCCGCCAGAGCCCCACGCAGUGCAUCACCGAGGAAGUCAAAAGAACUAGUCUCUAUUGCCAGGUCUCGCAAUAUGCCCAUGACGCCGACAGCGCAAAAGAUUCUCGACUGCAUCGAAUUGUCCGAAUCUGAUGAUGAAGAUGGACCCUCCCUACCAGCCAAACCUCGCCUUCAAGAACUUGCACUGAAUCGAGUGUGUGUGUCUCAUAUCGUUGAUCUUGAUUCACCCGAGCCACCAGGUCAAGAGAGCAACAUGACCGUCUCGAAUACACACCGAGCUCAUAUAGCAAACGCACAGCCGUUGGACAUCUCAGACGAAGAAGAUGAAGAGCUACAGCUGGCUUUGCGCCUAAGCAUGCAAGACCAAGGCGUUAUGAUCCAUCCAACAAAGAGUCCUUCUGGAUUCCCAUCUUCCAGUCGGGGUAAGUAUGAAAGCAUUUUCGCCAUGAGGGAAGCAGGUAGGGAUGUGCUUGGUGCCUCUAUUCCCGCCUGGUCGCUCGAUCAAACAAACAGUGACACGCCACCAUCUAGAGCUGCUCGAACUCUUCAUAGACAACUAGAAAGCACUCCACCAGACGUUUCACGAACGGCAACAAGGGGUGUCCACGCAGGUCUUUUAGGAAGAGGACCAGUCGAUAUACCCGAUUGGUCACGUUCUCUGCCGCCUGCUGGUGUUCCACCAAAGCCUGCGACGUCGUCUUCCGGAUCUGGCACCAAAGACCAUGUCCAAGCAACCACGGCACCUUCUCCCAAUGAGAUCCGCGCUGCUCGGCUUCGCCACUUCGGGACGUCGUCUCCUCGUCCCUUGCAGAACACAAACGAUCAACCUCUUCUACCGCUUGCUCCAGUGACAAACAAACGACCGGCAGCUGAUUAUCAUGUACCUGUGGGCGUUGAGUGUAUCGACUUGACAGAUGACUGA